GACCUUGGGGGUAAUGAGUUCCUGAUCACGAGUCCCCCCGGCCCCCCCACUACACACACACACACACACACACACACACACACACAGUCAGUCCACAAAGAGCCAGAAGGAGUAGUGGUGGUGGAGGUUCUCCAUGAAAAGAGCUUAGAGGAAGUUUUCUCCCAGCGCUGACACACAACGAGCAGACCUCCGGAUAAAGAUGCACGUGCAGAAGCAGUGGACGCGGGCGGCCAUGAUGGCUGUGCUGGUGCUGACGGCCGUGGCGGCCGAGAGCGGCAAGUCUGAGAAACAAGGCAAGAAGGAGCGCAAGUCCGACUGCGGCGAGUGGCAGUGGAGCGUCUGCGUGGCCAACGAGGGUGACUGCGGCCUGGGCACACGCGAGGGGACGCGCACCGGCACCGACUGCAAGCAGACCAUCAAGACGCAGCGCUGCAAGAUCCCCUGCAACUGGAAGAAGAAGUUUGGAGGGGAGUGCAAGUACGACUUCCAGGCCUGGGGGGAGUGCGACCCAGCCACAGGCAAGAAGAACAGGACGGGCGUGCUGAAGAGGGCGCUCAUGGACGCCACCUGCGCCCCCACUGUCACGGCCAGCAAGCCUUGUGGGAAGAUUCCCAAGACUAAGAUGCAAGAUGCCAAGAAGCAGAAGAAAGAAGGCAAGAAGCGAGAGCGCGGCCAAAUGGACUGAUGGCGACGAGGACGGCGAUGGUGAUGAUAAAAGAGGAGGAGGAUGAAGAUGAAGACUAUUCCAAGGUGUCCCGUAGUGUUUGACGGCGGUAGCAGACGUCCGUGUGUUAUACUCGUGUUCUUACUUAGCGGCAUUAACCUCAACAAAGUCAAGAUGUUAACUCGUACUUAACCCCCCCCACCUUUUAACUCCUCCUCCCGUUGCUGCUUUUUAUGUCUUUUAUUUCCGGUACCUCAGUUUACCCCAUGUUGACUUUGUAAUCCUCAUUAACGUCGGCUAACACCCCCACCCCCACCCCCUCCUUCCCUGAAGAAAUGAAUAAAAGACGACAUUUCAAACAUGUUUUAUUUCUAUUGUU